AUAUUGGGCUUUUCGAAAGCUCCUUCAAGACUAGCCCUAUAGGGAUCUGAGAGCAGAACUCUCUUUUUGUCAUUUGUCCAUCUUUCCCCAACCGCAAGCCAAGCAAGGAAGACGAUUGGAUCUACUCUAACAACGGCUCGAUUUCUCUUUCUCAGGAUUGACAUUAGAAAGCAUUGACAAUGUCUACGUCAUAUCUCCCUGCAACUACUGAUUCAAUUGCUCAGGCUUUAGAAGCAAAAACGCCAUCUGAAUCCAUUUCUAUCUAUUACCGCAUGCUAGAGAAUCCAUCUUCUUCUCCUGAUUCUCUAAGGAUAAAAGAACAGGCUAUCACAAAUCUCUCAGAUCUCCUCAGACAAGAGAAUCGAGCAGAGGAACUUAGAAGCCUUCUGACCCAGUUGAGGCCCUUUUUUGCCUUGAUUCCAAAGGCAAAAACUGCCAAAAUUGUUCGUGGGAUAAUUGAUGCUGUAGCUAAAAUACCAGGCACAUCUGAUCUCCAGAUUUCUCUUUGCAAAGAAAUGGUGCAGUGGACCCGUGCUGAGAAAAGAACUUUUCUCCGGCAGAGAGUUGAAGCAAGGCUUGCAGCUCUUUUGAUGGAAAACAAGGAGUACUCUGAGGCAUUAAAUCUCCUUUCUGGGUUAAUUAAGGAGGUGAGGCGACUGGAUGAUAAACUGCUUCUUGUGGACAUAGACUUGUUGGAAAGCAAGCUUCACUUUUCUCUAAGAAACCUCCCCAAAGCCAAGGCUGCACUCACUGCAGCAAGAACAGCGGCCAAUGCAAUUUAUGUUCCGCCAGCUCAACAGGGGACUAUAGAUUUGCAGAGUGGGAUCCUUCAUGCAGAAGAGAAGGAUUACAAAACUGCCUACAGCUACUUCUUUGAAGCAUUUGAAGCUUUUAAUGCUCUUGAAGAUCCCCGAGCAGUAUUUAGUCUUAAAUAUAUGUUGUUAUGCAAAAUAAUGGUGAACCAAGCUGAUGACGUUGCAGGAGUAAUAUCAUCUAAGGCAGGGCUUCAAUAUGUCGGCCCUGAGCUGGAUGCAAUGAAAUCUGUUGCUGAUGCUUAUGCAAAACGUUCGCUGAAGCUCUUCGAGAUCGCACUCCGGGAUUUCAAGGCCCAACUAGAGGAAGAUCCAAUUGUUCACCGACACCUCUCUUCCCUGUAUGACACUUUAUUAGAGCAAAACCUUUGCCGGUUAAUUGAGCCUUUCUCCAGGGUUGAGAUUGUGCAUAUAGCUGAUCUGAUUGAACUACCUGUAGAGCAUGUGGAGAAGAAACUGUCUCAGAUGAUUCUUGAUAAGAAGUUUGCAGGGACUUUGGACCAGGGUGCUGGAUGCCUCAUCAUUUUUGAUGAUCCGAAGACGGAUGCAAUCUACCCAGCAUCAUUGGAGACCAUUGCCAAUAUUGGCAAGGUUGUCGAUAGCCUGUAUGUGAGGUCAGCCAAGAUAAUGGCUUAAAGUUUUAAGACAUAUGAGGCAAUUUAGCUGCCAUCAGCUUCUACUUCCAGGAUGUCUUGCUGUGGUGUUUUCUUGUUCUUAUUUUUAUUUAGCUCAAGGUGUUAUGGGGUACAUCAUAUUCGCAAUGUCAAUUUACAGAUUCCCUUUGUUUUGAUCUUC